AUGAGGGACAAGAGGUCGAAAUUGCUGCGCCUGGAAGGGCCCACCAGGCACCACCUGGAGGAUGUGAAUGCCAUCGUGGCGGAGUCGGGCUGCAGCGCCAUCGUGUGCCUGCCGCUGGUCGUGCCCGAGGCCGGCAGCAGCAGCUGCUCGGCGGCGGCGGCGGCGGCAGGCAGCGCCUGCCUCGGUGCCCUCAUCGUCGGCUUCCGCUCAGCCACCGACAUCACCAGCCCGGCGCUGAAGGGCGCGCUGCUGCUGGCGCACGCUCUGGCCGUGGAGCACCACGGGCCGCUGCAGGAGCUGGCUGCGCUGGUCGCAUCGAUGCUGCUGCCGCCGCCGCCGUUCCCGCCCCUGCUCGACGACGACGUGCCCAACGGCGGUGCUGAGUGGGACAGCAGCGAUGAGGAGGAGUGGCGGACUGGGGACCUUGACUACGGCCCCUCUGGCAGCAGCGACGACGGCAGCGGGUCGAGCGGCAGCGGCGGCGGCGUAGGCGGCGCGCGGCGGGCGGCCACGUGGCAGCCCCCACCCGCGCAGGCCGGCGGCUGGCUGUCGCUGCUGGCCUUUGGCAGCUGCGGCCUGGAGCGGCAGUUUUCGGCGUACCACGCAGCCCACAUGCUGCGGGUGGAUGCCUGGGCUUACCUCAUCUGCUUCUGCUUCUACUGCUUGGAGGUGUUCUUGCCGGGCACGCCCUUCCGCCUCAGGGAGCGCAUGGGCCUGCGCUGCCUGAUGGGCUGUGUCAGCCUGCUGCCGGGGGCGAUGCUGCUGUCCAAGCGCACCCGCGCCUGGUAUGGCCGGAACCGCGACUUGGUGCUGCUGUUCACCUGGUGCCUCGUCACCGCCUGGCAGACUGCCAUCUCUAACUACCUCCACCUCCUGGGCAGAGCCUCCUUCCGACACCCGCUCUACCUCCAGUCCUUUGGCUGGCUGACCGUCAUGGGGCUUGCCUUCCAGAUGCGCUUUCGCUUCCAAGUGCUGGCCUGCCCGCUGGCCUUUGCCGUCAACAUCACCCUGCUGCCCGCCAUCUGCUCCAAAUUCUACGAGGAGCAGGGCGGGCGGUGCGUGGCCGCGGGCGGCCUGCGCGUCUUCCUGCACGGCGUGGUGCUGCCGCUGGCCUGCUGCUACGUGUUUGAGUCCCACGCCCGACGCCUCUUCCUGCGCGCCGACAACCGCGGCUGGUGCGCGUAG